AUGGCCAAACUGGAGCUAAACAUCCCCGAUCUUACACUGCCAGAUGGCAACAAGAUUCCUCAAAUCGGGUAUGGAACGGGCACGGCGUGGUACAAGAAGAAGGGGGACACGAGCAAGGACAAGGCUCUCGUAGAAGCCAUCCAGACUGCCAUCAAAGUUGGCUACACUCAUCUGGAUGGUGCCGAGACCUACGGAACGGAGUCCGAGCUUGGGGAGGCCAUUUCCAAAUCAAAGGUGCCACGUGAAAAGCUUUUCGUGACGACUAAGGUCACCGACAACAUCCAAGACAUCCCUGGAGCCAUCGACGCCAGUCUCAAGAAACUCGGACUUAAAUACGUUGAUCUGUACCUGCUCCACGAACCUUUCUUCGCCAACGGCAAAGAGGCCGAGCUCCAGCAAAAGUGGGCUCAGAUGGAAGAGGUCGUAGCGGCCGGCAAGGCCAAGUCGAUUGGCGUUUCCAACUUUCUGCGUCCCGACCUCGACGCCAUUCUCAAGACCGCCAAAGUCAGGCCAGCCAUCAACCAGAUCGAGCUGCAUCCUUACCUACAGCACGGCAACCUGCUGGACUUCCACAAGAGCAAAGACAUCAAAGUGGCCGCUUACGGACCCCUCCUGCCGCUCACCAAAUUCAAGGGCGGCCCGUUAGACCCGCUCCUCGUAAGCUUGGCCAAAAAGUACGCCGUCACCGAGGGCGAGAUCUUGCUGCGCUGGAUCAUCGACCAGGGCGUCGUCGCCGUCACCACCAGCAGCAAAGAGCAGCGUCUCAGCGACUACCUUCGCGUCUUCACCUUCGACCUCACGCCCAAGGAGCUCGAGCAGAUCACUGAGACGGGCGCGCAGCACCACGCCCGCGGGUUCUGGAACCACAAGUUUGCCGACACUGACAAGUCCUAG